GUAGGACACAGCUGGGAAUCAAACCGACUCUUCUUUUCGUUGUGUAACGUCUCAUAGAACAGUGUUAAUACCAGAAAUAUAAAGGUUUAACAUUCUCUGUCUGUUUAAUUAAAAAUAUGUAUUUACUCAAAUAUUCAUGUCGGAGCGUUUUUUGGGGCCACAGCUUAAAGUUUUGGAUCUAAAUAUGAAAUAAAACUAUUUAUAUGUAAAAAAUCAAACAUCAUGAUGGGAUAAUUUCUUAUCCACUUAUAUUAACAGAGAUUAGUUUAUGUAAUAAUUCAGAAUACAAUGGAAGAAUCUGAUUGGAUCUUUGUGGAGGAACCAGUGAUGAUGACUUCCUGUUGGACUAAGAACAGCCCCACUCUUCCUCUGAUUGCUCAGUUCUUGUGGCCUUGGUUACUUGGGUUGGUUUAGGUUAGAGGAGUGAGAUUAGGGUUAAGUAAGAAUGUCAAGGUAAAACCAAUCAGGUCUGAAGAGGUCUCAGGAGGAUCAAAAACCGAACUAGACCAGCGUGAGUCAUGAUGCAUCUCAGUCAUUCCAAAGGAGGUUGGUUUUAUAAAUUUAAAAGUUUAUAAUUUCAUUUGAUGUCAUUCAGUUUCUUUCUGUUUUGUGAAAGAAGUCUUUUGUUCAACCUGAGUCCUGGACUUGGAUCCUCCACCCACUGAUAAGAAGAGCCAUAAACCUGAUAAACGUCACCGUCAGCUGACUUUAUGGUUUUGUUUUGUGUCGCUGAAGCUCAGAAUUCAGACGGAUCCAGAUCAGCUCAGUCCUUCAGGAUCACUCGGUGAAGACCAGGACCAGAGACAAUUCCUAGCUUAUUUUAGUUCUUCAUCCAGGAUCGAGACCAGUCUGGCAGGUUUCAGGAAGUCUAUCUGGGUACAGGAAGUCCAUCAAGUCCUCACAGUUCUGGCAGGUUUAAGAAAGCCCUGCAGGUCCAUCAGUGUGGAAGUCUGGAUUUCUGACCUGGUGGACGGAAGCUCAACAGAACCAGGAUGAAGAGGGGGCCCCAGGCUGGUCUGACAGGUCUGACAGGUCUGCUGAAUCCUGGACUGGAGGUGGAGAUGACAGAAAGCAUCAACACAAUCCAGGCCCAGCUGGCGCUCAGUCAGUUCCAUGUGACUGACAACAUGACCAGACAGCAGUACUACUACCUGAAACUGCUGGAACCAGAACCACACCCACUUGAGACCAACCUGCAAGAAUCAGUCGUCAGUGAGCCGACGUCUCCACUGGAGGUGGUGGUGCAUCAUGGGAAACUGGACCUCAUCAUGAAUCCAGUCUUUCUCAAACUGAUCCAGGUCAAAUGGAAACUGUAUGGGAGGUUUGGGGCGUGGCUUCUUCUCAUCCUCAACUUCCUGUUCAACGUCUUGUGGACAACCGUCGCCAUUUCUAUCUCUGUGUACCGAGACUCACGUCGCUACGUCCUCCCCCAGGACUGGUGGCGUGUCCUCCUCGUUGUCCUGGCCCUCCUGUUGACCCUGGAGGAGGUGCUGAGGGAAAUACAGGACAUCCUGCGUUCAAGGAGGAAGCUCCUCCUCUGGCGACGGUGGGCGGAGCUUCGUCUCCAAGACGACCUGAGCUGCUCUCAUCCCAUGUGGCCUCAGGAGAGGGUUGACCUUAUGGAUCAGAACAAACAGAUUCACAGGAUAAGGGGAAGUUACAGCCAGGACCUGUGGAACGUGUUUGAUUGGCUCGUCUACUCUCUUCUGACGGCGUCCUUCCUCGUCCACAUGGCCGACGUGAUUCGUCCGUCCAUCCGUCUUCGCACCACCAGUCUGCGUCUGUUCUCCGUCAUUGUCGUCUUCCUCUGGCUGAGACUGAUGAAGCACGUCAGAGCCUUCAGGUUGAUGGGUCCGUUCAUUGUCAUGUUGGGAAAUAUCAUCGGGGACGUGAUGCGUUUCCUGUUCCUCUACGUUGAGAUCUUUAUUCCUUACGCCUGCAGCUUCUGGAUCAUAUUUGGAGGUUUGUGUGUUCAAAGUAUUUACAUUUUUACUUAUACAUUAACACUAUUACUAACAUAAACAUGAAUAACACUAUUACUAACAUAAACAUGAAUAACACUAUUACUAACAUGAAUAACACUAUUACUAACAUAUUAACAUGAAUAACACUAUUACUAACAUAUUAACAUGAAUAACACUAUUACUAACAUAUUAACAUGAACACUAUUACUAACAUAUUAACAUGAACACUAUUACUAACAUAUUAACAUGAAUAACACUAUUACUAAUGCAGUAGAAGAAAACCAGAAACCAUUUUUAUUGUCAUAUACACAUACACAAAAUUUGUUUCUGCAUUUGACCCAUCCCUGUAUAUAGGGAGCAGUGGGCUGCCAAUGACAGGCGUCUAUUAUCUAGGCGGAUAGACAGGGAAAUUAGGGAGUCUAAGCUGUCUGUCUCCUCUCUUGUCGCUAGCUCAUCCCUGAUAUUCUCAGCUAACCCGUAGAUAAAAACACUCUGCAAGGAAAUCUCCUCCCACCCACUCUCUGUAGCUAGGAUUCUAAAAUCCACCGCAUAUUCUGCGACUGUUCCGGCGCCCUGACGAAGGGAGAGGAGUCUGCUGGCUGCUGCUCUACCCUGAACAGGAUGGUCAAAAACCUCUCUCAUUUCUGCUACAAAUACAGUGUAUAAAUUACAGAUUGGGGACUCCCUCUCCCAUAACGCGGUGGCCCACUGGGCAGCUUUGCCCGUAAGUAAACUGGUGAUAAAGGCAAUACGUGACCUAUCAGGGGCGUAGGUGGCUGGCUGCUGCUGGAAUACAAGGGAACAUUGCAGGAGGAACCG